AAUUCUAGGUAAUGUUCAUGCACGUUGGCUGCUUGGUUGGGCUGUUUUCAAGAAUUCGUUGCCCUAUUGUAACCCAAAUUCCUCCAUACAAACUCGUCAAACUGAACUCGGAAAGUCUGCAGAGUAUACUUGAGGUAUUUUUGCGGGGACUAAUGACAUAACUGGCAUCUAGAAGCUGUUUCUUCGCCAAACAACUAUCGCAGGAAGUUGAGCUAUCGCUUGCAAGGGUUCUCUUGUCAUAGUAAUGGCGGACGUGUCGGACGAAAGUUAUACCGCUGAAACUCACAGGUCUAAAUACAAAAAGGAUAGAACUGAACGACGAGAGCGAAGGGGUAAUCGUCAUGGUGAUAUCAUAGAUGGAAGUGCAUCACCUUCGAAGGAAAACAAGAGUCCAGGCCUGGAAGACAACGGGGUUGCGAAUGACUUCGCUAAUAGUAGUGCCGAUCGAGACUCGGGGAGACGAGAUAGGGAUAGACGAGAAAGGCGGAAACCCAGAGAUGAAGAAGCGAAUGUCAGUGUGAACGACGAGACGCUUGUUGAAGGUGCAACAGCAGCCAGUGAGGAAACAACACCGAAGAAGAGCCUAAAAAAAGACAGAAAGAGCGAAAGUGCAGGGCAUAAGAGACAAGCCAAGAGACAUCUGAGGGAAAAAAGGAGAUCAACCGGAGUUGUUAUGAUGCCUGGUGGUGGCGAUGCAGAUAGUGAAGGCGACGAUGAUACGAAGCAAGUAAAAGCAAAUACACAACAGAACGAGCAAGCGAACGACGAUGAAGCAAUAGAGGAUUCUCCCAAAAGUAAAGGAUCAAACAAAAGAAUAGAGCAAAAAGUGCAAAAAGAUAGUGAGACCAUUCAAACGCAAAAACUGCUUGAAAAGAUAGAGGAUUAUGAACAUCAGUUAGAUGACUGCAAAUCUGAACUUGAUAAAGUAAACAAGGAGCUGGAAUCCCUAAGGGCAGAGAAUGCUCGCUUGAAGGAUGAAAACAGCUCUUUAUUACGAGUUAUAAGUCAAAUAUCGGCAAUGAAACCAGUGAAGUAGGCUUCAAACUGCUGCAAUCUUCAUUUAUUUGGCUGCAGUAGAAUUAUUUUUUUGUUAAACUGAUUUAGUCAAAUGGAUGGUAGCCAUUCCACAAUAACACAUUUUCCACAUGGAGGAAUGGAAUUCUUCUCGGAGUAAAGCAUAAUGCCAUUGUUGAGUUGUCACUCUUGAUGAUUGCUUAUCACCAAAGGAUGCACAAGUUUGACCCAAUGGAUAAUGUCAUUCUUUGGUUUGUAUAGCUUAAAAAGUUAGAGGCUGUUUUUAUGAAGUAUUUAGCAAAGUUUAGUUUGGCUUGGAACUUUCUGUUGUAGGACAAGGUUAAAUAGAACAUUUAACAGGGUAAUGAGAGGCUAAAUGUGUAUGGGCUUUUGUAGUUCUUGACUGAGACUUAACAUUUUUGUUGCCGAGAAGUUGUUCUUUUUGUAGAUAGUAAAAAUGUGCUUAGUAUUGCAGUGGAUAUACUUUGAAAAAGAAUACCUUACUAAGAUUGGGCGACUGAAUAAGUUUUAUUUUUCCUUUUUGUCACACAGUACAUUGCCUGUGAAAGUAUUAAAUUUCAUUUUAUUGUGUAAGGAGUUGUGUUUCUUUAGUAAACCAUACUCUUUCACACAAAAUAUGGUUAUUAUUGUUCAUUUUCAAGUCUAUCCACUGUAAAUAUGUCUGGCGAAGGUGAUGUUUGAAAAGAGUUUAAACGAUUACAAGGACGAAGCAAAAUUCAAGUCCAGAUCCACUCAAUCUUCAGGGCAACAAGAGCCAAUCAAAUUCCAGUCCUGUAUCACUAGUACUAUCUCUCUUACGAUAUGCAAAGAACUGACUGCUAGCCAGCUUGAAAAUCUUGCAGUUAUGGUACACUGGUCUGUUACAUAAGUUACACUGUACUUCUUACAAUGGACUAUGUAACGGAUACAGAGAUAACCACACCAUUGAAGCGCCUAGCCAGAGGGAAUACUUUAAUUUUCCCCCCUCCCCCCCCCCCAAAAAAAAAUGACAGUAGGUGUUGAGCUGUCAGUCAAUAACAUAUCUGUUUUAACAUAUGUACUUAUCACAUGUCACGCGCGAUGGCAAUCUUGGUAGUGUGAAGUACUUGUAAUGUGACGGGAAGUUAAUUGAUUGGCUUUCUUUUAUGACGAGGGAAACUGGAUUUUGCAAGCUUAACAAGGUAAAUUAGUGAACUUGUGAUAUCUAAAAAAUACAAGUAAAGUACUGAAUUCAUUCUGCUGUAACCAUACUUAGUAACACCGGCAUACACCCAGUGCUAUUUCUUGUACCAAGUUGUUAUCCUGGGAGAAAGGAAAAAAAAAUCCUAUGUAUACAUACACAGUAUUAAGAGGGUCAUUCCUUUGAGUGAUUCCUCCUUGAGGGAUUUGAUUUCAAACAACCGUAGACUUAUUUUUUUUUUUUAAUUUGAGAACUUUCCUCUUUAAGAAUUAGUACGGUUGGUAAGCUUGUUCUGAAUGAAGACGUUGUUCUUUCUGCUAAGCAAUUGUGACACCUAAAAUAGUGUUAUCGGUUGGUUUAGAGUUAAAAAAAGCGAGGGUUUUAAUUGUGUAGACAAGUCUUGCAGAAGCUAUGCAGAUUGUGUUUGCGUGUUAGACCGAACAAUUACUUCUGUGAUUGUUGCCCAGCUUUGAGACGUCCCUUGCAGUUCAACCUUUGAGGAUGAGGCUCUUUGAACAGUUAGGUUUUUCCUUUAACUCAUUCAAGAAUACACUAAAGAAAAUUUGAAAAUAAAAAAAGAAAGAAAAAAACUUUUGAAUAGCCUCGGGAAAAUAAAAUGUUGGCAUUAUUUUGUAUACAGUUUCUGCUAUUAUCACUUGUAAAAAACGAAUAGGUUUAUUGCUUGUUGCAAGCGUAUUUCUUGAAGGAGAAUGUGCACUCGCUAUUGAGUGGUAGGUGGAGUCAGUGGCAUGCUUUCUUAAAGGCUGACUAGGAUUUCUGGGUAGCAUUUUGCCAAUGGCUUCAGAUAAUUCACUGGUUGACUGGAAAGUCUAAUUAUGAGGAAUUUGUCCAAAUCGUGUAAAUUUUAUGAGGAUUUUUUUAUUCUUUGACGAGGUUUCUAUCGAAAGUAACCGUGGUUUAGAACAGAAUUAACAACCGGUGCAAUCGUGUCUAACGGAAAACAGCGUUUAUGUUGGAAAGGCGUAUGCGAGUGGAAUCACAAGCUUACCUCGCCCAGUAUUUUCUCUCGCUAGAUGUACUGUUUGGAACACUUUCCUUGUCAAUUUGCCUAAGUUACAAUCUGUUAGCUCAAACACUUAAAUGUGUUAUCCUAACGUUAUAUUUUUGUAUUAUUUUAGUAACUAUAUUUUCAGUGAUUAAUAAACAAAGAAAACACA